AUGCUAGGGGGGUAUUCCAGCAGCAGCUCGCUCUCGUCCAGCGAUUCUGAUAGUGACAACGACGAGGAGAGUAAAGGCAAAGCCUCCUUGCAGUCCACAGGCAACGCCUCUAUAGUCGAGUCGCCUGCAUCUAUUGAGAAUGCGUCCCAAGCCUCCGCGCGAUAUGGCCAGGAGCGGUCUGAACGGCGGAGCGAUGAAGGUGAUGAUAAUAGCAUGAGGGCUGAUGCUGUGGAGGACGAAUCUGAGAAAACUCUUCCGUCCACAGUGCCUAUGGAAAGUAGGGAGACCACCGCUGUGGCUGAGUCUUUGUCAGUGUCACUGGGCUCACCUUCUAGCGAGCCAUCCACACCAGAGGAGGUAGAACGAGUUCGAGACGCCUCCGAUGCCCAUACGUAUCUCGAACAAGCUCGGAUGAAUGCCGAAGGGAAGUGCUCAGCAGGAGCUCGGAAGAACGUUGCGAAUCUCAAGAGGCAAGCAGAGGCUGGAAGAUACGUCCAUACGUUUUUGAUGGCCAAUAGGAAGUUCCACAACCCUAAGUGGACCGAGGAGAUGUUCGAAAAAUUCGGAAUAACCGAGGACAUACAGAGGAGUACCACACUUCCUCCACAUCGGUAUGAUCCGAAGAACGUUGCGCUGAGCGAACGGGACUACUGGGAUUGGCGACCGGUCUCCAUGCAGCCGCCUAAGUGA